AUGGAUGGCCCCGACCAUGAGCCCGAUACAAAGAUCAGAACAUUCCAAGACCCGCUGUAUCCAUCGAUAGAAGACCAAGACUUGUUCUCCAUUCAUGUAGCGCAACAGGCCGCGGAGGAAUGGCCGCCGGCCGAGUUUACAAUGCCCCAAAGUACCCUGCCCCAGGGUGUCAAUGAAUCUAUUCACCCGCUACAUGGUGUACCAAGCCAGGUUAAUCCCCCUGGAGCUCAGAUUGCGCAUCAGGUUGCAGGAACUUUGAGUCAGUACUCCAUGCUAUGGGAGACUUACAAUACAAAAAAGGCUCAGAGCGAACGCCUUGAAAAAGAAAAUGAAGAGCUACGCGUCGCCAAUUUUACCUUGGUGGAAGAGCAGGAGCUCUUAGAGCGCCGUCACGUUGAUCAAGAGGCUCUAAUAGCCUACUAUGGGCAAAUUUUUGAUCAGGUGCGUCACGGAAUCGUGGGUUUAAUAAAGGACUGGGAAGGCUCCUCUACCGAGACCACUUCGGAGGAGGUUGAGACAAUUGACGAGAAUGGAACCUGGGACCCGUGA